CCGGCGCAGUAUAUAAUUAUGGUUAAAGCAACGGUGCACAUUUCCGUUAAUUACCUAUAGAAAAAGUUAAAGUGAACAGGGUGUGGAAGUAAACUCACUCUCCUCUAUAUAAAAAUGUCUCACUUUGAUUUCUCCCAAUUUACAAUUUGCCCUUGAAUUUUCUCUUUUCUGUCUUCUCUCUCUCUCUCUCUCUCUCUCUCAGCUAAAAGGCCCAUUAGCCAUUGAAGCCUCUCUCUCUCUCUCUCUCUCUCUCUCUACUUUCUUUUUUCGCCCAUUUACUUUUCUUUCUCUUACUUUUUCUUUCUCUAGAAAAAAAAUUGGUGGGGAAAGAAAAAAAAAAAAGCUGCAAUCUUUGUCAAAUUAUGGUAUCGAAUGCAGCUCGAAGCCUUGAAAUUCACUUCGUUCCUUUUCGGCCGAGAUAGAGUUUUCUCUACCUUUCUUUUCAACAGGCUUCGCUAAACCCUUAGAUCGCAUUUCUUCACUGUUUUUCUUCUGUGUUAAAUCUGAGCUGUUUCAUCUUCCAAUUUUCUCUCCGAUCACACUCUCGAAAAGCUCGUCUAAGCUAAAAAUUUCAUCUUUUUUUACCAAAAUUUUCGACGGAAUUAUUAUUUUUUUUUUCACUUUCUGGGUCAUCAUCCAUGUCGUCGGAUAUAAGCUAGAUUUUUUGAUUUGUGGGUGUUCCCUAUAAGUCUCAAUCGGAUACCUUUUGAGAGGAUUUUGUUCAAUUUUUUGAUAAUCUUUUUGUUUGGUUUUUUUCAAAGUUUCAGUACAAGUUAAUGGCUAAAUGCAGGGACUGUAUUGAAGCUAGUUGUUUUGGAAUCUAUAAUUUUGUGUUUGAAAUUGUGAGGUUUUGAAAGUUUUCUAGAGGAGCUGAGGGUUUAGUGGUUAGUUUUAGGUGGGCAAAAGGGAUGGGUACGAAUCGUCUGCUAUUGCCAACGUUAGGACCGCCAAUAAAGCGGCGAGCAGGGUUACGGAUUAAGCAGGCCGGUAGAGGAUCAUAUAGGGGAAGUUAGAGCACGGGUUUUUAUUUAUUUUUUCUUUUUUCCGGAAUAUAAAAAGAAAAAAAAGAAAUUUAAGGUUUGGGGGGGGGUCUUUUUGUAGUUUGAAGGUUUUGAAAAUUGGGAACAAAACCCAGUUUUGAGUGGUCCGGAUCGUGUUGUUUUUUAGUGGGUGUUUAGACAAAGUUUUCGAAAGAGAUGGGUACUGAAUUGCAGCAAAUACUAAGAAGCCUCUGUUUAAAUACAGAAUGGAAGUACGCCGUCUUUUGGAAGCUCAAACAUCGAGCUCGAAUGGUGUUGACUUGGGAGGAUGCUUAUUAUGACAACUGUGAACAAUAUGAUCCUCCGGAAAAUAAGUGCUUCAAUAAGAAAUUGGAAAAAUUGCACGAUGGGCUUUAUUCACAUGACCCCCUUGGGUUGGCCGUGGCAAAGAUGUCGUAUCAUGUUUAUUCUCUAGGAGAAGGGAUUGUUGGACAAGUUGCUGUAACUGGAAGGCAUCGAUGGAUCUUUGCAGAAAAGCAUGCUAUGAGUGCCUCUUCAUCAUUGGAGUACUCUGAUGGAUGGCAUACUCAAUUUUCUGUCGGGAUUAGGACCAUUGCUGUUGUAGCUGUUGUUCCACUUGGAGUUGUACAGCUAGGGUCUCUGAAUAAAGUUGUUGAAGAUAUAAAGCUAGUGACUCAUAUUAGAGAUGUCUUUUCAGCUCUUCAAGAUUCUUAUGUAGGACAUAUUCCUAUUCAAAUACAAUCUAAUAUGGACAGUUCAUUAUGUUUGAGGUCUUGUUUAUCUCAGCCAGAUAUACCUUCAAAAAGUUUGGCUUCAGAAAAUGUUCCUGCUUCCCUGCACAAUUCGGACAAAACCUUGAACAGAGAUUCAGGAGAUGUUUGGUUGUCGGUUUUUCCAUAUUUGGGUAAAGAUUAUGAUAGUUCUUACAUUAUUCCACUGCCUGGUAAUAAUCAGAAAAAAGUAGUUGAUAUGGUCAAUAAUUGUGGCGGACCUGGGUUACCCACAUUUGAGGAUGAGGAAAGUGACAAGUCACUUCAAUCAAGAACAAACAGCAUCAAUCUUGAGCAUCACAAAGUAGUAGGAGUGAACCUUCUUGAUUACUGGAAAUGUGGAGGGCAGACUAGUGGCUGCAAAGAUGCUGGAGGGGGUUCAGUAGACAAUGCUAAUCCAAUGUUGCACGAUUCUGUUAUGGGUGGUGUUGAUUUGAGUGAUGUGCUUCCAGCUGAAAGGGUUGGAGUUGAUUUUUCAUACUUCCCUUCAAACCCACACUCUUCUGUUUGUAACAAAGUUAGGUUGGGCAACAUAGACCAUUACCAAAAUGGGCUGUUGCAUGCAAGUAAACCCUCAGAUGUUAAUUUUCAGAAGGAUCUGAAAAACUUGGAGUUUCAAACUGAGUCAGGCUACAUGGACACAUCAAGCACAUCUUUAAAGUUCCCUGCUGGAUACGAGCUGCAUGAAGCACUUGGACCAGCGUUUCUAAAGAGGAGCAAGUAUUUUGACUUGGAAACAGAGAAGACUGAAGGAAUAACUCCUGAUAUGCCUGAGCAGAUGAGCAGUAGCCAGAUGACUUCUGACUCUUGCCCAGAGCAUCUCUUGGAAGCAGUAGUAGCAAGUGUUUGCCAAAGUGGCAGUGAUGUUAAGAGUGAAAAAUCAUUCUGUAAAUCAGUGCAGUCUCUGUUGACCACUGAAAAAUAUCCUGAGCCUUCUAGCCGCACAACACUCACUAUGGAUUCAUCCAAUUAUUCCAUUGAUCAGCCCUCCAUUAGAGGAGAUGACAGACAGCGUUUUCUUAGCUCACCAGGUGUAUGUGGUGUGAUGUCUCCAAAAGGGUUUUCAUCAACUUGUCCAAGUGCCUGUAGUGAGCAGCUGGAUAGGUCUUCAGGACCAGCUAAGAACAAUAAAAAGAGGUCUAGACCUGGUGAAAAUUGUAGACCUAGGCCAAGGGACAGACAAUUAAUCCAAGAUCGUAUUAAGGAAUUGCGAGAGCUAAUCCCUAAUGGAGCAAAGUGCAGUAUUGAUUCACUGCUGGAGCGCACUAUCAAGCACAUGCUCUUUAUGCAAAGCAUCACCAAGCACGCUGACAAGCUAAAUAAGUCUGCUGAUACAAAGCUCUGUAACAAGGAAACGGGCAUGCUAGGAACUAGUUGUGAACGGGGUUCAAGCUGGGCAGUGGAGGUGGGAGGCAAUCUGAAAGUUUGUUCUAUAAUGGUUGAGAAUCUUAACAAGAAUGGGCAGAUGGUUGUAGAGAUGAUGUGUGAAGAAUGCAGCCAUUUUCUUGAGAUAGCUGAAGCUAUCAGAAGCUUGGGACUGACAAUCUUAAAAGGUGUAACCGAAGCCCGCGGUGAUAACACAUUGAUAUGUUUUGUUGUUGAGGGGCAGAACAACAGAAGCAUCCACAGAAUGGAUAUCUUGUGGUCACUUGUUCAAAUAUUGCAGCCCAAAAAUGUCGUGUAACCAUGAGAGCUGGUUUUCCUUCAGGAGACUACCGUCUAGGUCCUUUUUCUUCUCUCUCUCUCUCUCUCUCUUUUUUUUCCUUUCCCAAUUGUAUAUUAGUGCAAGUCAAGUGUGUCUGUAUUUCAUAUUUAGGAUUUGUUCUUAUUUGUAAUCUCCUAAAAAGAAAGAAGUGAGGGAAGCCUAUAGAAUGUGGAGUAUAAAAUUGUUGUUUCUGUGAAGAGCUUUAUUAUUUCUUCACAGUGUGUGAGAUGCUAUUGAUGGGUUUUGCUAUUGAUUUCCACGUGAAUUCGGUUGUC